GGGGGUGCGGCGGCAGAGGAUGGCCAUCUUAAGUGGCCGCUGGGAGUCCAGGGCUGCUUCCCCGGGGAAGGGGGCAUCGGAGCAGCCCAGGAGUUGAGGCCGGCGCUGCUGGCGGCGGCGGCUGCGCGGCAAACCGGGCGGCAAGCGCGGCGGAGCACGGAACCCCGAUCCCCGGCUCGGUCCCGCCAGCGGAUCAUCAGGCUCGGUCCCCAGCCCCGGUACCCGGGCCCGGUCCCAGCGUCAGCGCCGAGCGUCCCAGGGCGGAUGGCGCGGGGCGGUGGGCGCGGGCGGCGCUGAACCCUGCCCUGGCCAUGGCCUCGGCGUGCGGGGCGCCGGGCCCAGGGGGCGCCGGGCCUGGGGCCGUUCUGGGCAGCCCGGCCCCCGCCUGGUACCACCGCGACCUGAGCCGCGCCGCCGCCGAGGAGCUGCUGGCCCGGGCAGGCCGCGAUGGCAGCUUCCUGGUCCGAGACAGCGAGAGCGUGGCGGGAGCCUUCGCGCUCUGCGUCCUGUAUCAGAAGCAUGUGCACACAUAUCGAAUUCUCCCUGAUGGAGAAGAUUUCCUGGCCGUGCAGACCUCGCAGGGUGUGCCUGUGCGCCGCUUCCAGACCCUGGGGGAGCUCAUCGGCCUGUACGCCCAGCCCAACCAGGGCCUGGUGUGUGCCCUGCUUCUGCCUGUGGAGCGGGAGCGAGAGCCAGACCUGCCGGAUGACCGCGAUGCCUCAGAUGGGGAGGAUGAGAAGCCCCCACUGCCCCCGCGCUCUGGCUCUACCAGCAUUUCUGCCCCCCUCGGGCCCAGCAGCCCCCUGCCAGCCCCUGAGACCCCCACGACUCCGGCUGCUGAGAGUGCUCCCAAUGGGCUGAGCACUGUCUCGCACGAGUACCUGAAGGGUAGCUACGGGCUGGAUCUGGAGGCUGUGCGGGGUGGAGCCAGCAACCUGCCGCACCUCACCCGCACCCUUGCCACCUCAUGCCGGAGGCUGCACAGUGAGGUGGACAAGGUCCUGUCGGGCCUGGAGAUCCUGUCCAAGGUGUUUGACCAGCAGAGCUCGCCCAUGGUGACCCGCCUUUUGCAGCAGCAGAACCCACCACAGACUGGGGAGCAGGAGCUAGAGAGCCUGGUGCUAAAGCUGUCAGUGCUAAAGGACUUCCUGUCAGGCAUCCAGAAGAAGGCCCUGAAGGCCCUACAGGACAUGAGUUCCACAGCACCCCCGACCCCGCUGCAGCCAUCCACACGUAAGGCCAAGACCAUCCCCGUGCAGGCCUUUGAGGUGAAGCUGGAUGUGACCCUGGGUGACCUGACCAAGAUUGGGAAGUCACAGAAGUUCACGCUGAGUGUGGACGUGGAGGGUGGGCGGCUGGUGCUACUUCGGAGACAGCGGGACUCACAGGAGGACUGGACGACCUUCACGCAUGACCGCAUCCGCCAGCUCAUUAAGUCCCAGCGGGUCCAGAACAAGUUGGGCGUCGUGUUUGAGAAAGAGAAGGACCGGACACAGCGCAAGGACUUCAUCUUUGUCAGCGCCCGGAAGCGGGAGGCCUUCUGCCAGCUGCUGCAGCUCAUGAAGAAUAAGCACUCCAAGCAGGACGAGCCCGACAUGAUCUCCGUCUUCAUAGGCACCUGGAACAUGGGAAGUGUGCCGCCUCCAAAAAAUGUGACAUCUUGGUUCACAUCGAAGGGUCUGGGGAAGACCCUGGAUGAGGUCACGGUGACCAUACCCCAUGACAUCUAUGUUUUUGGGACCCAGGAGAACUCGGUGGGCGACCGCGAGUGGCUGGACCUGCUCCGCGGGAGCCUCAAGGAGCUCACAGAUCUGGAUUACCGCCCGAUUGCCAUGCAGUCACUGUGGAACAUCAAGGUGGCUGUGCUGGUCAAGCCAGAGCAUGAGAACCGCAUCAGCCACGUCAGUACAUCCAGUGUGAAGACUGGCAUCGCCAAUACCCUGGGAAACAAGGGGGCCGUGGGUGUCUCCUUCAUGUUCAAUGGCACCUCGUUUGGCUUUGUGAAUUGCCACCUCACCUCGGGAAAUGAGAAGACUGCCCGACGGAACCAGAACUACCUGGACAUCCUGCGGCUGCUCUCGCUGGGUGACCGGCAGCUCAGUGCCUUUGACAUCUCUCUGCGUUUCACUCACCUCUUCUGGUUCGGGGACCUCAACUACCGCCUUGACAUGGAUAUACAGGAGAUCCUGAACUACAUCAGCAGGAAGGAGUUUGAGCCCCUGCUCAGGGUGGACCAGCUCAACCUGGAGCGGGAAAAGCACAAGGUUUUCCUUCGAUUCAGUGAGGAGGAGAUCUCCUUCCCACCCACCUACCGCUAUGAGCGGGGUUCCCGGGACACAUACGCCUGGCACAAGCAGAAGCCAACUGGGGUCCGGACCAACGUGCCUUCAUGGUGUGACCGGAUUCUCUGGAAGUCCUAUCCCGAGACCCACAUCAUCUGCAAUUCCUAUGGCUGCACAGAUGACAUCGUCACCAGCGACCACUCCCCCGUGUUUGGGACAUUUGAGGUUGGAGUUACCUCUCAGUUCAUCUCCAAGAAAGGGCUCUCAAAGACCUCAGACCAGGCCUACAUCGAGUUUGAGAGCAUCGAGGCCAUUGUGAAGACAGCCAGCCGCACCAAGUUCUUCAUUGAGUUCUACUCCACCUGCCUGGAGGAGUACAAGAAGAGCUUCGAAAAUGAUGCCCAGAGCAGUGACAACAUCAACUUCCUCAAGGUGCAGUGGUCCUCACGCCAGCUGCCCACGCUCAAGCCCAUUCUGGCUGACAUCGAGUACCUGCAGGACCAGCACCUCCUGCUCACAGUCAAGUCCAUGGACGGCUACGAAUCCUAUGGGGAGUGCGUGGUGGCGCUCAAGUCCAUGAUUGGCAGCACGGCCCAGCAGUUCCUGACCUUCCUGUCCCACCGCGGCGAAGAGACAGGCAACAUCCGUGGCUCCAUGAAGGUGCGGGUGCCCACAGAGCGCCUGGGCACCCGUGAGCGACUCUAUGAGUGGAUCAGCAUUGAUAAGGAUGAGGCAGGAGCAAAGAGCAAAGCCCCCUCUGUGUCCCGAGGCAGCCAGGAGCCCAGGUCAGGGAGCCGCAAGCCAGCCUCUGGAGAGGCCUCCUGUCCACUCUCCAAGUUAUUUGAAGAACCAGAGAAACCACCACCAACUGGGAGGCCCCCAGCCCCACCUCGAGCUGCUCCCCGGGAGGAGCCCUUGACCCCCAGGUUGAAGCCAGAGGGCGCUCCAGAGCUGGAAGGGGUGGUGGCGCCCUCACCUAAGAACAGCUUCAAUAACCCUGCUUACUACGUCCUUGAAGGGGUCCCACACCAGCUGCUGCCCCCGGAGCCACCCUCGCCUGCCAGGGCCCCUGUCCCACCUGCCACCAAGAACAAAGUGGCCAUCACAGUGCCUGCUCCGCAGCUUGGGCGCCACCGGCCUCCCCGUGUGGGAGAGGGAAGCUCAUCAGAUGAAGAGUCUGGGGGCACACUGCCCCCUCCAGACUUUCCACCCCCACCUCUGCCGGAUUCGGCCAUCUUCCUGCCCCCCAGCCUGGAUCCUUUGCCAGGGCCAGUGAUCCGGGGCCGCAGUGCAGGUGAGGCCCGUGGCCCACCACCUCCCAAGGCCCAUCCAAGACCCCCACUGCCCCCAGGCCCCUCUCCCACCAGCACUUUCCUGGGGGAGGCAGCCAGUGGGGAUGACCGCUCCUGCUCAGUGCUGCAGAUGGCCAAGACACUGAGUGAGGUGGACUACGCUCCUGCUGGGCCUGGCCGCUCCGUGCUCCUGCCAGGACCCCUGGAGCUGCAGCCGCCCCGGGGACUGCCCUCGGACUAUGGCCGGCCUCUCAGCUUCCCUCCACCUCGCAUCCGAGAGAGCAUUCAGGAGGACCUGGCAGAAGAGGCUCCGUGCCCGCAGGUCGGGCGGUCUGGUGGGCUGGGCGAGGCAGGCAUGGGAGCCUGGCUGCGGGCCAUCGGCUUGGAGCGCUAUGAGGAGGGCCUGGUGCACAAUGGCUGGGACGACCUGGAGUUUCUCAGCGACAUCACCGAAGAAGAUCUGGAGGAAGCUGGGGUGCAGGACCCGGCUCACAAGCGCCUCCUUCUGGACACCCUGCAGCUCAGCAAGUGAUCGCGGUGGCACUGCGAAGCUAAGAACUGAGCGCCUCAACCUGCCCUUGAAGGCCCAGCCAGAGCUCCGGAGUUGAAAAAGUUACGGGCGGGGCAGUACUUCUCUGCCUAUUUAUUGGGGAUCUGCGUUCCCUACUGCCCAAUCAUUUGGAAUGCCCUAGUUAGGACAUCCUGCCCCUCACCUUUUAGAGUCAGGGCCCAGGAGGUCAGUUGCCGUGGUUACCGAGGAUCUUGGUUAUUCUGGUGCUGUCCUCCCUUUCUGGACCCCUUCUCCAGCCCCAGGGAGGCCAUGGGGUCCAUAUGGGUACGUCGUGGGCCCCCACUCUCACCGUUGUUCCUGCUGCCCUCCACCUGGCCUGAACCACAGGUGGAGGGGCUCGGCUAGGACCUCUCCCAACCCCCAUUCUGGGGGGUGUCCGUCCGGAAAUGAAGGAAUAGCCCGAGAACUGGGCUAGGGUUUAUUUAAGCUUUUCUGUAUGGGCUUAGGGAGGGCGGGCACUUUAAUGUUAUGGGGGCCGGUUUAGGUGGGGGGGAAUAAUUUUGGCCAUAAAGCGCCAGUUUGCUUAGAUUUGUCUCCUGGUCUGUACCGCCCUGCCCUGGGGCUGUGUGGCAGCUCAGGGUUCCUCGCUGGUCACAAGGGGAACCGGUCUCUUGCAGGUAGCCUGUCCCCAUCGUGGGUACUCAGAAGGGUUGCCGGUGUGCUGUCUUCAAUAAAUUAAGUUUUAUUUGGA